ACAGACUUUAGCGAAAUUUGAAAAGGAAGUAGGAAGAAAGAAAUUCCCUAAAAUUUUUGCGACAUAAAAAUCUCGAAAAAAAGAUGAAGUGUUUUAUUUUAUUUGUGUUUUUUGGUGCCGUUAUUAACGGUGUAUUAUCAGCUUCAACAUCUAAAGCACCUGUUGUCACCACAGACAACCCCAGUACCACACAGAAAACUACGCAGAAACCAACAGGUUCAACAAGUAAUGUUGUCACUACUCCUAAGCUUACACCAGCAGAAGAAUGUCAGAAGGCCAACUCUAGUUGUGAUACAUGUGUGAAGGUGGGGUCUGUACAGUGUGUGUGGUGUGCAUCAUCUAGCAAGUGUAUGUUGAAGGAACAUGUGAUACCAACAUCUGAAUGUGGUCUUGCUGAUGCUAAAUGGGCUGUCUGCUGGGUUAACUAUGAGGCACUGAUCAUAGCUUGCAGUGUAAUUGGUGGAGUCCUGAUAUUAGGACUAACUAUCUGUAUCUGUUGUUGUUGUUGCUGUAAGGGUAACAAAAAUGCCAAGUAUGCUAAGGAAGAUGCCAAGUAUGAAAGAAAGAAAACUGAAAUGAAGGCAGGACAGGCAGAGAGGAGAGCAGAAAGAAAGGCAAAGACAGAUGAAAUCAGGAAAAAAUAUGGUAUAGACAAUGUAUAAACAGUCAAACUUUUGAGAUGCUUGAUCAAGGAGGACAAUCCAUAUUCAAGAUUUGAGAACCAAUAGACAAGAGUUAUCUACCUUAAACAUCAGUGUAAAGAACAAGAGAAAAACAAGAACUAACAACUUUUACAAUGAUAAUUUAUAGCAAAGAAAAUGAAUGAUAAAUAUAAGAUGUAAAGACUAGGAAACAUUGCAAUUACAAGGCAUACCACAAUUCAAGCUUUGGUUUGAUUUUUUGCUUGGAAUUGUUUUGUGUAUUUUCAUUGAUUUAAAAUAUAUCUUCUCUUGAUAUUAGUGUACAGAAACUUACAGUUUUCAUUUUUGCUUUUCUUUUUUUGUGUGUUUGAUUUUGUUCCUUCUUCUCAUAUUGUAAAGUAUGGUAAUUUUCUGAGCUUUGAUUACUUACUGUAAAUAUAACCAAUUUCAUUACCUUAAUUUCUUCACAAUUGAAAUCUUUUUUUCCUGUUUUAGCCAUAUUUUGUAAAAGGCUUUAUUAUUAAAAGAAUUGAAAUUGAAAGUUGUGACCAAGCAUUAAUAAAAUGAAAAGAAUUUUUGAUUGAUUGAAACAAGUUACAAGAAUUUAUUGUUUUAGAACAUUGAUAAAGUAACAUUUUCAGGUCAAACUUAAUAGAAUUUAAACUUUUCAUUUUACAUUUUCAUGUAAAGAUAUGUAAGUAGCUGAUUUGUUUUUUUGUUUGUAAUCAAGAAAUUUGUUUUGAUUUAUGAAUUACUUUUUUUAAAAUUCAAGUCAAUUUAAAGAUUAUGUACAUUAAAGUCAAAUCUACAAUUAAUAGUCAAUGAAUACAGUUCUGGUAUAUGACUGAUGACAAUAAUAUGUAUGGUGUGAAUACUGUAUAUGGUGGAAAUGUCACACUUGGUAACUUAAAUUGACAGUUCUUUUAUGAAGUAGACUGCUCAAAGAUAGAAGUGUCUUCUACAUUCCAUGAUAAAAUAGUGUUGACGAAUACAUUGCGUUUAUACUCUCAAAUUGAAACAUACAGAAAUAUUGUGUAUCAAUAUUAACUGUAUCAAAUACUAAGACAUGAAUAUAUUAAUAUCAUCACAACAUCGGUGCUUAAAAUUUAACUUCACAUAUCAAUAUAUUAAAUGAGGAAUUAUUUUCUUAAUAAAUAGAUUAUAACAGUUUAUCUGUAUUUUCACUACAUACACUGGGGAAAGAGUAUCAAUUAAGGUGUGAGCUUUUUGUGUAUCUAUUUAUAGGGAUCAUUCCGUCUGUUCUCCAUCCAUCACAAAACUUGUCUGGACUACCCCUCAAAAGUGCUGAUGCAAUUUCAGCCAAACUUUACAGGAAUGAUCAGUACCAAAUAUUGUUGUGCAAAUCAGCGUCAUUUUCCGAUGCAAUGAUUUUUGUCAGAGUUAUGGGUUAUGGCCCUUUAAUGAUUUUUAUUUUUAAAGUUUGUCCGAACUACUCCUCUUAUACCACUAAUGCAAUUUCAUUGAAAUUUCACAAGAUUGAUUGGUGGGUGAAUCUCUUGUGCAUCUUACAUGGGUUUUCGGCUUGAGAGAUUUUUGGCCAAAUUAUGGCCCUUGAUGAAUAAAAAAGGUGUUAAUAAAGGCACUUUAUCUGGACUACUCCUCUUAUACCACUAAUGCAAUUUCAAUGAAACUUUACAGGAUUUAUUACAAGUACUUGCACAUAUUACACAGGUUUUUUGGUUGAAUGAUUUUUGGCUUGGAAUAAAAAAUGUGUUUUGUGUCUCCUGCUACACAUUAGCAGGAUCAUGCAAUUGGCUAUCAUGAGGCGACAAAUGUGAUCACUGAUUGCUCUUGAUUAUUCUUAAAAAUAGCAAUUUUUGUACUAUUUUUAUACAAAAUGUUUGGCAGAAAUAAACUUAAAAUGUCUGUGAUAAAAGAUGUCUAACUGCUUGUUGUAUAGAUUUUUUUAUUUGUUGAAAUGUUGCAUCAUUGUUAUCCUAUACUUAGUCACAAAAAUGUCAUACAUUUAUCAUAACAGUGUAUUAAAACUGAAGUGUCACAAGUAUUGUACUGUAACUGUAUAUUU